AUGAAGACCCUUGUUGUUCUUGCAUUGCUGAUGGCCGUCGCAUCGGCCCUACCGCAAUUUGGAUUUGGCGGUGGUCCCGGAUUUGGUGGUCCCGGAUUUGGUGGUCCCGGAUAUGGUGGUCCUGGAUUUGGUGGUCCCGGAUUUGGUGGUCCCGGAUUUGGUAGAGGUCCAUAUGGCGGAGGAUAUGGCGGCGGCUUCGGAGGAAAUCCUUAUGGCGGUGGAUUCGGAGGCGGUCCAUAUGGAGGUGGAUAUGGAGGUGGACCCUAUGGUGGUUUCGGAGGUGCAGGUGGUGGUGGCGGAGCUGCCUCCUCUUCCGCCUCCUCAUCGGCCUCGGCCAGCGGAGGUGGCUUCUACGGCUAA